UUGUCACAACUUUCUUUUGAAUCUGCAACUCAAAAUCUUGAAAAAGAACAUUCUUUUUGUAGAAGAACUUGUUGAAGAUGGGGAUGAAGAAGAGUUAUUUGGCAAUGAAGACAGAUGCAGCAGUAGCAAGUGAUCUGAUUGAAUCAGAUUUUAAGGAAAUUGGUGUUGCUGCUAGGAAGUUAGCUAAUCAUGCUAUCAUGCUUGGUGGCCUUGGUUUUGGCACUUCUUUUCUCAAAUGGAUGGCUUCUUUUGCUGCUGUUUACUUGUUGAUCUUGGAUCGAACAAACUGGAGGACCAACAUGCUCACAAGUCUCCUAAUUCCUUACAUUUUCUUGACUCUCCCUUCAAUACUCUUUAAUUUGUUCAGGGGAGAUGUCGGAAAAUGGUUAUCUGUGAUCGCUGUUGUAACACGCCUUUUUUUCCCAAAACACUUUCCAGAUUGGCUAGAAGCACCAGCAGCAUUGGUCCUUCUAAUGGUGGUAGCGCCCAGUUUUUUUGCUGACACCGCAAGGGGCAGUUGGAUUGGUAUAUUGAUUUGCCUAGUCAUUGGCUGCUAUCUCUUGCAAGAACACAUUAGAGCAUCUGGUGGAUUCAGAAAUGCUUUCACUAAAGCUAAUGGUGUUUCAAACACUAUAGGAAUCGUCCUCGUCAUGGUUUAUCCAGUCUGGGCAUUGAUUCUCUUCAUUCUGUGAACAAAAAAAUUUGACAACUUAUCAUGAUUGCGAUUUGUUUGGAAGAUUGAGUGUAAUUGUUUUUCUUCAAUGUCGAUUUGUGUGGUAAUUCUGGAAUACAUUGCUCGUUUGUUGUGUGAAUAAUAUGUUUCUGUGCCUAA